CACGGCGCACUCUACCCAGUGCACAACUGCACUUCUACACUCGCCGCCCAUCCAGCGUUCUACGGCUGUUGCAUCGCGGAAAUAUAUUUUCGAAAAGGGCAAACACAAAAAAAAAGAAUAUUCCGUCUCUGCCAUGGCGUCGCCCGCGUCGUCGCGCGACAGCCUGAGCAGCCCACCUCAUUCUCCCGAGAUGGGCGCUGCGAUGCAGAAGAAUGGUGUUGCAAACGCUGAUGGCACUACCGCGCCGGGGCCCAACCCCAACACUACCACAAACACCACAACGGCAAAGUCUUCAACCACAACAACAACAACGCCGCGAUUGACACAAGCUGGCUUACCGCGCAAGAAACCCGGACCCAAGCCUAAACCCAAGGAUCCCAAUGCCCCCGAGAAGAAGACACGGAAGCCACGCAAGCCCGCAGAGCCUAAAGACCCAGCUGCAGAGCCUCCCAAGCGCAAGAGAAGGACCAAGGCAUCGCUCGACGCCCCAGCCAUUGUCGAGCCGACCGACGAGAAGCCCACCGCCCAGCCAGGGCAGACGUUGGCCGAAACUCAGAAUGCUGCGACUGUUGCGACUGCUGCGCCUGCACCCGUCAACGCCGUCAAACACGAGCAGUUGCCCUCGGCGCACCCGCCCGCCGUUACGCAGGCGCCUCGCGCAUCCAGCAAUCCAAGCAAUCCGAGCAAUCCGGCACCCGUAUCCAACCCUCCACCACUGCCAUACUCUCCUCCUGCACCCAGCACUCCCGACCGCGGCCGCGUAGAAGGGCCCGCCUCAGUACCCCCCGCCAUGCCCUCCAGCAUGCUCAGCGCAAGCGUCUCGCCUGCUCUCGCCAAUCUUCUGCAUCCGACGAGCUCCGUCUCCCACCACCAGAUCCCCCGCCUGCAGCAGCAACAACAGCAGCACAUCUCCGUCACUUCUGCCCCGGCGUCCCCUGGCCCCUCUGCCUCGCGAUCCGACAAGCAGCCGCUGUCCCAGCCCGCGACGCAGAUUCCAGACGAGACGAGCACCGUGAAUCAGGACGUUGACAUGGUCGACGUAGCCUCAAUCGCCACAACAGUCAGCGACGCGCACAAACCUCCUCAAAAGAAGACCACCCCAAUCGCCACCAAGGUAGCUCAGUUCAAAGACACGCUGCCGCCCUUGCCCGCAGGCAGCGGCCUCUUGUCUGGCACUCCGUUUGGGCCCGUCAAUGGUGCCUCCAGUGCGCCUGCAGAACCUCAAGGCGUCAACAUCUGGCUCCGGUUCCCCGUCAAAGGAAAGAACAAUGUCACAAUCAAUUACGCUCAGGAGGUCGAAAAGAAUUACGGAUUCACGGCAUUGCAUCCAAAACUGGCUGCUCGUAGGGAGCGUCUACGCCAGGUGACCGCAGCAGGCGACGCUCUCGAAAAGGCUGCCGGUGCUGCCUCCAACGACGACAUGUCUCUGGACCUCUCCGACGGCGAGAGCAACGUCGAAAUGGGCGGAACGGAGAAGGAACAGGCUGUCGGCGCCAAUGGCGUCAAGAAGAGGCGCAAGAGAAAGCAAGAGGAUUAUGACAAAGAUGAUGACUUCAUAGACGACACCGAGUUGGCGUGGGAGCAGAAGGCCCUCAUGGUUAAAGAUGGCUUCUUCAUCUAUAACGGACCGCUGAUCCCGCCCGAUGAAAUGCCCACUGUGGAGAGGGAAGAUGGCACCGUCAAACGUGGCCGAGGCCGUGGCCGUGGUGGCUCUACCCGUGGCGAAACGUCUGGACGCGGACGAGGGCGCGGCGGCGGACCUGGAUCGCGGGGAGGGGGCGGUCCUGGUUCACGCGGAGGUCCUGGUUCCCGUGGAGGUCCUGGCUCCCGCGGCGGUAAUACCGUCCGCAAACCCCGUGUCACCAAGGCCGACCGCGCUGCAAUGGAGCAAGAGAAGCUUGAACGUGAGAAGCUGGCUCAAACCAUGGCAGCAAAGGCGCCGACGAGCCAGCCCGUCACGGCUGCCGCGACUCCCGUUUCUUCCUGAUUUCGGGACACUGGUUUAUCGUACGACUGCGAGCAGCUGUUCUUUGUACAAUGUCUCUGUACGAUAUCAGCAUUUGUAUUCUCCCGGGAUUCGUUGCAUGGGGUGGCACUCUCUUAGGAGACGUCACG